AUGAUGCGAGCAUAUGCCGAAACCGGGCAUCUGGAUCGAACACUCAACCUCUUUCUGAAAAUGCCCGAGCGGAAUGUUAUUUCCCACACAACAAUGCUCACGGCAUAUUCGGAAAACGGCUACGUGGAAGAGUCGCACAGGGUCUUUGCCGGGAUGCCCGAGUACGACAUGGUCUCGUGCAAUGCGCUCAUCCAAGCCUACAACGAAGCUGGAGACGCAUAUACCGCGGAUCUUCUCUUUGAGGCCCUGCCGUUUAGAGACACGGCAUCUUGCAGCGUCAUGAUCGCCGCAUAUUCCCGCUCAGGGCAUAUUCACCGGGCCAAGGAUGUGUUUGAUUCCAUGCCGGGGUGGAACAUCCUGGCGGUAAAUGCCAUGAUCGCAGCAUAUACCCAAAGCCGAAGCCUUGAAUAUGCCAAGAAUCUCUUCGACAACAUGCCCGAGCACGAUGCCGUGGCGUGCACGAGCCUCAUGACAGCAUAUUCCCAUGCCGGGCAUAUCCAAGGCGCAAGGCUGGUGUUUGAUGCCAUGGCCGACGAGAACCGCAGCUUGGUCACCUGGAAUGCCAUGGCUGCGGCAUAUGCCCAGAAUCUAGAGCUGGAGAGAGCGAUCGCCCUCUUUUGUGAGAUGCCUGAGAGGAGCGUCGUGUCGUGGACGAGCAUGAUCUACAUCUUUGCAUCGAGCAUGCGUCUGGAUCUCGCGAUCAAGCUAUUCGAUCGGAUGCCCAAGCACAAUGUGGUCGCAUGGAACUCGAUCGUCCAGGCAUUCUCGGCGUUUGGAGAUGGGUUCCAAGCGCUCGCCCUCUUCCGGAUGAUGGUGCUUGAGGGGUUUGAUCCAGACGAGAUCACCUUCACGAAUGCGCUGGUGGCUUGCAACCACAUUGGCCUCGUCGAAUUGGGGCUGGCGUUCUUCCUUCUCAUGAGAGAUUUCGGUGUCUCGCCCCAGAGGGAGCACUACUGCUGCCUGGUGGACGUCCUGGGGCGAUCUGGAGAGCUCCAAGAUGCCGAGGAUUUGCUAGCGAGCAUGCCAUUCGAGCCGGACAAGAUGGCGUGGGGGGCAUUCCUUGGGGGCUGUAAGAUCCACAAGGAGAUCAAGGCAGCCACAAGAGCAAUGCCCAGGGCGAUGGAAAUUGGGAGCUCCACAAACUCUGGAGCGCCAUGCGUUCUUCUUUCCAGCAUUCUUCCAACGAGCUAA